AUGAAUGAUACUGACGCUGGGUCCACAAUCUUACAGAUGAAGAACAUUUUCGCCCGGCAGGGAGUCCCUGAGGUGGUGAUAUCAGACAAUGGUCCUCAAUAUGCUAGCAAGGAACUUAAGGAGUUUUCAAAGAGUUGGAACUUUCAUCACUAUACCUCUUCACCACACCAUCCAAAAGGAAACGGUACAGCGGAAGCUGCACUCAAACAAGCUAAGAGGAUACUCAAGAUGAGUCACCACCCCUGGAUGGCUAUUUUGGAACAAAGGAAUACACCUGAUGAGUUGGCAUCACCGAAUGAGAAAUUGAAUUCAAGAAGAACAAGAACAGUUAUACCAUUGAAAUCAGAGUUACUUGAACCCCACGUGAUACCAACCUCAAGCAUCAUACGAGCUUCAGUCAAGAAGAAGCAACAGAACAAGAGGUACCAUAAUAAGAAAGGAAAGCCGCUACACCCUCUUGUUGUAGGAGAUAGUAUUCACGCCAAGAUCAGGCCUCAGUCGUCGCCCCUGUGGACACAAGGAAGUGUGGUCAGAAGAGAAUUUGACAGAUCCCACAUAGUGAAGGCCGAUGGCCGUGAGUACAAGGGGAAUCGGUGUCACAUCAGGAAAACUAGAGAAAUGACAACGCCCAAACUCGUUGUUACAUACCCUUCUUUAUACUCUCCUGUGGGCCCACCCACACAGUCAGAUGCAGCCUUGCCAACUGCUCCACAGCCAAAGUUCAUAGAAGUACCUGGAGUCAACAUUGAAACAGGACAAAUGAAGUUGAGUGACAUAAAAAUUAAAUCAAAAUCAGAACCAGUACCAAUUCGACAAGGCGUAAGAAGAUCACAGAGACAAGUCAAGCCAAACUCAAAGUACAAAGACUUCGUUCUGUUUAAAUAA